AUGCGUGUUGCUCUCAGUUGCGCGUUGCUAGUGGGCGCCGUGCAAGCGGCGCUCUUCUCGCCCAAGGGCCCGGUGCAGAAGCUGGACAUGAGCAACUUUGACAAGGAGGUCAUGAGCAUCGAAAAGCCUACGAUGGUCGCCUUCACUGCGCCGUGGUGCGGCCACUGCAAGAACCUCGUGCCGCACUACGUGCGUGUCGCGUCGGAGCUCGACGGUGUGGUGAAGAUCACGUACGUGGACUGUGAAGACAAAGGCAGUGAGCCCCUCUGUGCCAAGUAUGGCAUCCGCGGCUUCCCCACGCUGAAGCUCUUCCCUGCGACCAAGAAGCGCGUGCCGCGCGACUACAACGGCGAGCGCACGGCCAAGGCGAUUUCCGAGUACGUCGUGAGUGCGCUGCCUGCCGAGGCCGUCAAGCGCCUCGAGCCGAAGAAGCUCAAGGAUUUCGUGAACAAGUACGCGGACGACCGCGUGGUCUUGUUGAUCUCGCCCAAGUCCAAGUCCUCGCCGAUGUACCGCUCGCUCGCGCUCGACUUCCGCGGCCACGUGCCGUUUGGGUACCUGUAUGCGACCAAGGAGGAGGCGUUCAAGGCGGCCAAGGACGUGCUCGGCGUCUCGCUCGACAUCCGCAGCGUCCCGGCGCUGUACGUCGUGUCGGGCGGCGCUGGCUCGCCGACCCUGCACAAGUACCGCGGCUCGAUGAAGUACCGCCACAUUAAGCGCUGGCUCGACGAGGCGAUCGACGGCAAGGUCGCGCCCGAGGAGCCCGAGACGCCGGCGGAGCCCGAGGCGGACGUGCCGCCGACUGAAAAGGGCCGCGCCGAGGGCGAUGUGCCGAUCGAGCAGUUCAAGCGCAAGGGCAUGUCCGACGAGGAGGUCGAGGCCGCGGUGCGCCUCGGCGAGAAGCUCGGCGAGACGAGCGACCCAGAGACCGAGCGCCAGGAGGCGGAGAAGCGCAAGAAGGAGCGCCUUGCGGCCAAGCGCAAGAUUGAUGCGAUCCGCCGCGCCAGCCGCAAGCUCGGCGAAAAGGGAACUGCGGCGGAGAAGAAGGAGCACAAGGGGCCGAUCACCGAGCAGAUGCUCAUCGACCAGAUGCAGGAUCUCAUCGGCGACAAGUGGGGCAGCGCGAUCGCUGCGCGUGCCGUCGAGGCGCGCGAGGUCGCAGAAAAGGUCCUCAGCGAGAAUCCCGCCAAGGCGAUGCAGGCGACUGAAGAGGCGGAAAUGUUCCUCAUCAAGGGCACCCAGGAAGACAUCCGCGCGAUCGAGGACCAGAUCAACGCGGGCGUCGACGAGGAGGGCUACCCGCUCACCAAGGACAUGGAAGAGACCCUCGCGAAGCACCACGAGAUGCUUACGGGCAUGGUGUACACGCUCCAGCUGCGCAUGGACACGCGGAAGGGCAAGAAGCACGAGACGGAGGUCGCGGAAGAGAUUCUCGCGCGCUACGACCUGUAG